AUGCUUUCUGCUAUGGGAAAGAGUUUGAAAGACUUUCAGUCGAUGCCAUUACCGGAUUUAGAGAAUCAUGCUAGAACCACCAAUCGGUUGAUACAAGAGGAAUUAGCAUAUGAUAUUAAUGUCAUGAGGGAAGAGAAUGAUAAGUUGGUGCAACAACUCACCGAAGAGCAAAGAGCUAUAUAUGACAAUGUAUUGCAAGAUGCUGAGAAUAAUCUGGGAGGCCUAUUUUUUGUUUAUGGAUACGGUGGAACGAGAAAAACAUUCUUAUGGAGAGCAUUGUCUUCUACUUUAAGGUUAAAGGGUGAGAUAGUCUUAAAUGUGGCAUCAAGUUGCAUAGCAUCUCUUCUACUACCAGGAGGAAGAACUGCACAUUCAAGAUUUGCAAUGCCAAUAGCUGUUAAUGAAGAUUCAACUUGCAAUAUCAGCCAAAGUAGUCAUUUGGCACAGUGUAUCAUGCAAAGUAAGUUGAUCAUUUGGGAUGAGGCACCAAUGAUGCAUAAAUUUUUCUUUGAAGCUUUGGACCGUUCUAUGAGAGACAUCAUGCGUGCCAAAAAUCCAAAAAGCUUGGAUAUAACUUUUGGUGGGAAAACCGUGGUGUUAGGUGGAGAUUUCAGACAGAUUCUACCAGUCAUUCCAAAGGGCAUGAGGCAAGAUAUUGUGAGAGCAAAUACUGAAGUUAAAGAGAUUGAAGAAUUUGCAAAGUGGAUUGCUAAUAUAGGUGAUGGAACAAUUGGUGAUUCUUUGCAUGGAGAAUGUGAGAUAAAUAUUCCUGAAGAAUUUGUGCUAACUUGUGUUGAGGAUCCAAUUUCUACAAUUGUUGAUAGCAUAUUCCCUAUGUUCCGCAGUGGUCACAGUGAUAUUCAAUAUCUAAAAGAUCGUGCUAUUUUGGCACCAAGUUUGGAUAUUGUGGAUGCAGUAAAUGAAUACAUGAAUGACUAUAAUAAUGCCGAAGGAAGGACGUAUCUCAGUUGGGAUUCGGUUUGUAAAUCUGAUUCAAAUGUUGACAUGCUUGCUGAUCUACACACUCCGGAAUUUUUAAAUGGAUUAAGGUGUUCAGGUGUUCCAAAUCACUCAUUGACUCUAAAAGUUGGCUCACGAGUUAUGCUUUUGAGGAAUGUUGAUCACUCAUUGGGGUUGUGCAAUGGUACAAGAAUGAUCAUUUCAAAGUUGGCAGAUCAUGUUUUAGAAGCUCAAAUACUAUGCGGGGCAAGUGCGGGAACAAAGGUCUUAAUUCCAAAGAUGUCCUUAACACCGUCUAAUCCAAGAUUGCCUUUUAAGUUUCAAAGGAAGCAAUUUCCACUGAUGUUGUCAUAUGCAAUGACAAUAAAUAAAAGCCAGGGGCAGACACUAUCCAACGUGGGUUUGUUUUUGAAGAGACCGGUUUUUAAUCAUGGUCAAAUGUAUGUAGCAGUGUCAAGAGUUAGUAAUCCUAAGGGAUUAAAAAUUCUUAUUUGGGAUGAAAAUGUAAAAUCUAAAAAUAUGACUACAAAUGUCGUAUACAAAGAGUAUUCAAUAAUGUCUAAUAAAUUUUAA